GGCCCCUACUUCACGGCCUUCCCCAAUCUCCAGGAGGCCAUGAAGAACAACACCCCAAUUUACACCAAGUCGCGCGCGUGCACAAUCGUGCCAAACUUUGUCGGGCUCAAGUUCAUGGUGCACAACGGCAAGGACUACCUGCCUGUCACGGUCACUGAGGAGAUGGUCGGGCACAAGCUCGGCGAGUUUAGCUUGACGCGCAAGAAGUUCACCUUCAGGUGA